AUGACUGAUACGGCCAAGUCCGAAACCCAUGCUCAUUCUACGCACGAUGAAAGUGCUAUAGAUGAAAAGUAUGAUCCCUCAGCGCAGCCGCAUGCAAUUGAGGCUACUUUUGAUGCCAUUGGAGGCGCUCCAUCUCCAUGGGGUCGUGGUCACUUGCAGUUAUACGGGGCAUGUGCCCUUAUUUACUUGUGCUCGACUAUGAACGGAUUUGAUGGAUCGCUGAUGGGUUCGAUCAAUGUUCUUCCUGAAUACCAGGCAUACUACAAUCUUGGCUCAAGUGGCUCAUCGACAACUGGGUUGGUCUUCUCGAUUUUCAACAUCGGACAGAUGUCGGGCGCUUUAUUUGUCUGGGUCAACGAUAUUUUCGGCCGCAAAAGAACUCUGGCCGUCUCAGCUUUCGGUGUCUGCUGCUCAGCUGUAUUCACUGCUCUCGCUCCAACUUUACCUUCAUUCAUUGCCGCUCGAUUUCUGCUCAGCUUCUGCUCGACCAUUUGCUGCGUUGCCGCGCCUAUGCUACUGGUUGAAAUUGCGCCUCCACUUCAUCGCGCUACUGUGGCUGGUAUCUACAACACUCUUUAUUACAUGGGAAGCAUUAUUGCCACAUUUACAAUGUAUGGUGCCAACAUUCACUUGACCGGAAAUCUCAAAUGGCGACUCCCUCUCUGGCUCCAAAUUCUGUGCCCAGGGUUGGCAUGUCUGGGCAGCUUCUUGUUGCCUGAGAGUCCUCGCUGGCAGAUUGCCCAGGGGAAGUACGAGGAAGCCCGACGAUUCAUUAUCAAGCAUCACGCCAAUGGAGAUGCCAAUCAUCCCAUCGUUGCCAUUGAAAUGCAGGAAAUUGAAGAUUCUCUCGUCGAGGUCCAAUCACGUUCUGUUUUCGCCUGUUUUGACUUACGGAGCUUGUUCAAGUCUCGUGCCCGUCUCUAUAGGGUUAUGCUAGUGGUGGCUAUGGGUUGGUUUGGACAGUUCUCAGGCAACAACGUGGCUAGCUACUAUCUGCCUAUCAUGGUUCAGAAUGUUGGGAUCACGUCCACGAACAUGGUACUUCUAUUAAAUGCAAUCUAUGCGGUCACUGGAUGGGUUGCUGCAACCAUUGGAGCUCGUCUACACGAUAUCGUUGGUCGCCGCAAAAUGCUCAUGGGCUCGUGCCUUGGUAUGUCGGUUACACUCGCGAUUGUCGCUGGUACAGCUGCGUCCUACGAGCACACUGGAAGUGUCCCAUCAAGCUCUGCCAGUAUCGCCUUCAUUUUCAUUUUCGGGGUCGUCUUUGCAGUCGCAUUCACGCCCAUGCAGCCAAUUUACCCAGCUGAAGUCCUGGCCAAUGACAUGCGUUCGAACGGCAUGAUGGUCUUCCAGAUAACCGCAGGAUGUGCCAGUUUUGUCAAUACAUUUGCUGCUCCGAUUGCCAUGAAGAACAUAAAGUAUUGGUUCUACGUCUUCUUCGUAUUUUGGGAUAUCUUCGAGUUUGCUUUCAUCUACUUGUUCUUUGUAGAGACCAAGGGCCGAACUCUGGAGGAAUUGGAUGCAGUCUUCGAAGCUCGUAACCCACGGGAAGCGAGCACUCAGAAACUUGGCACACGACGAGACUGA